UAAACGCGAGCAGGGCGUGUUUAUGUCGGGUCUCUGGAACCACAUCUGGACCGCAAUAACGCUCGCCUCAAGCCUCAAAAACACUUGACAUGGACCAAUGAGACAAAAGCGCUUCAUAAGAAUACGUGAAAUGCAAAAAUGUGAUCUUGACUUGUUGCUCCGCUGCCACAACGCAGAUGACAGACUUAAUGACGGCGUUCACGGUGAUCCCCGGCCAAUCCACAUGCCCCGGAGACCAGCGCGCGAAAGGUGUCCAGUACCGGUCGACCUGUCACCUGUGCCGAGAGAGUCACAAAACUCAGGUCUGGCUUUGUUUCUUAGUUCUGAGUCUCCUGAGUACAUCUACGUGUGCUGCUCCUUAUAAUACAACCGUAAAUCUACAGAUGUGCUUGAAAGGCUUGGAUAAACUGAAAAAUGCCAUUGAGAGAUCUGAAGCGAUGCUGUAUGCUCCGUCAAAUAAUGACAUUAAAGAAAACUGUAAAAGAAUGUCACUCAAAUGUUACUUGAUGGAGUUGGUGAUGGUCAUCAUUGAAGAAGAAAUUCAGGAUGCUGAAACACAUUGCAUCCUAGAUUUUAAUGAAGACCUGCCUCCAUUGGACAAGCAGCCUGCAGCUUACCCUGUUGACUGUCCACCAUGUGAAGCAUACACACUUAAAAAUAUUACAGUAUUCAUGGGAAGAUUCAAUAGCCUUUUGCAAGAAAUGAUUAGUUCGACAAUAAUACAGUAGUACAGAAAUACAGUAUAAGCUACUAAUGUGUAUUUGUAAAUAUUUGUAAAGAAUUGUGGCUGUUUAUAUUUUGUAAAUAUCAAACUUGUAACUAAGUGUGACAAAGCAUGCCGUCCUGUAUUUUAGAAUAUAAGUUGGAAAUGGAUGACAGAACAGUAUCUUAAGCCAUUGAUUGUUUAUAACUGCACAUGAAGUCUCCGUCACUGUGUAUCUUGCCUUUAGUACAGUUUUGAGAGAAGUAACAGGAAGUAGCAACAUGUACUGUAUACAGAAUGUAUAAUAUUAUUAAGCUCACUGCUAAGCACUACUGAAUGUGACACCUAUUAUACAGUGUAUGCCUAAUGAACUCAAGUAUCUUCAGAAUUGUUGCUCAAUCCAGUAAAUAAUACCACAACUA